AUGGAGUCACGUAUUAAAUAUCUGGAUGAAUUAUCCAUGGUAUUAUUACGAUCCAAAGCAUCAAAAUUGAAGGACCAAAAUAUAAAACCUAAGAUCCCAGAAGAUGGAGAUCCAAACAGUUGUGAACUAAUUAAGUUCUUGAUUAAGAAUUUACUAGAUUCCCAAAAAGGGGAAGUUUUCAAAAGUUCUACAAUUUUUUCAAAAUCCAUGCAGGUGCUAGAUUUGGUAAUAACAACAACCCCUUACUUAUUAAUCCAUACAUCGUUAGACAUUGUGUCAUUAGAUAAUCAAAAACAAACAAUUGGUAUAUUAGCAUUAAUAGAAAUAUUUAUUGAAAUCUCUGUAUUAAACAUCGAUAGACCAGAUAGAUUAUGGUUUAUACGGAAAAAACUUGGAAAUUGGUGUCAACUAGUAAAUGAAAUUUAUGGUAACCAUUUCAAACUAAUACAAUCAAAAUUUUUCGAAACCAUGAUAGAUAAAUAUGAAAAAAAACUAAGAGCUGUACGAUAUGGUAAUUACCCUUAUCAAUAUUAUUUGAGAAACCUUCAAAUCCUUUACGUAUUAUGUUACAUGUUAAACUCUAACCAUUCAAUUACUAAAUCAACUUUUUUAUUUGAAGGUUCUAAUAAAGGUACAAAUUCAUGGAAUAUGAAAUUCCAAAAAUUAAUGAGGGUUGUACUAUUCAUAUUGGAAUCUGUUCAAGUAGAAUCAAAUACCGAGUACAUAGAAUUACAACUGAAGUUCAUAUCGUUGACUGUGGAACAAUUAUUAUUCAAUACUAUACCAAGUAUACGGGGAACUCCACGUAUUAUUUCCACCGAUCAAUUCAAAUUCACAUUAGGAAUGAUUAACCAGUUCAUGAAAAGCAACAUUGUUACGCUCAGUGAUGAUUCAGUAACUUUUGCAAAAUGUCUAUUAAGAGUAUACUCCCUGUGUAUUCCAAGAGGAUCAAGCUAUAACCUUGCAAAACAAUUUUUCGAACUAUUACAAAAUGAGCUUCCAUUAGAACAAUGGAUAAGAGACAAUGAAUUACAUUUUACUUCAAACGAAGAUAAUUUGGAAUACCCAUCCACUAGCAUAACAUGGAAAAGUAUUAUCCUAGUAUAUCUUGAUAUACAAAGACGAAGUGUACCUUCUGAGUCAAGAAUAUUUGAUGAGCAUAAUAACAUAUGGAUUACCAAUACAUUCCCCCCAAAAUUUGUCAAAUAUGUCGUACAACCGUUUACAGAUAAUUCGAAACAGUUAGAAAAUCUGAGAACACUGAUAUUAACAUCUUACUCAAAGCUGGAACCUACUAGUGUAUUAUCUACAGAAAUUUACGAAUUAGAGAGGUCUCUAUUAUCUUCUCAAAAUAAGAAACUGAAACAACUGUUCAACAAAAUUUCUGAAGCAAUCACGGCUUGUUUUACAGUCAAUAAUAACAAAAAAUUAGUAACAUGGGUCAGAAUAUUAAGUAGACUAGCUUGCUACGAACAUUGCCAUACAGAUAUUAAUGGGUUAUAUAAAUGGGAGUUCUGUAAGGCAUGCGAAGGUAAUAGUAAUGCAAACAUUUUUAAAGAUGUUAGUCCUGACAGGCCUGAUUGUACCAAACAUUCUUUAACUUAUGCUGUGAUACAGAAAAAUUUUCUUUCUAACCCUAACUUAAAUGACUUUAACGAAGCCUUACUAACAGGGUUGUUGUUUUGUCUUCAACGUAUUUUUACACAUUUUCAACCUCCUAUAUUAAUAGAUCAAUCAACAUCAAAAUUUCAACCAGAAUUCGAAUUAGUUUCGAAAUGUUUCAAGAGUCCCAAUAGAUACUUAAGAAUUAUUGCGACAAGGUUAAUACCUCUUUGGAAUAUAACAAACAUACAUAAUACAAACCUAGAGACUACAACUGAAUUAAUCAAGUUUUUGCAAUCUCAAAAGAAGGAAGUUCAAUCUGAAACAUUAACUAUGGCAUGGGUUCAAUUAACGCUCACAACAUCGGGUCAAGAAUUUGACAGUGUUUUAUUUAAAUUAGUACUUAACCUAGCAACGGAAGAUUAUGCCACCUACCUUAUGGUAGGAUUCCAGAUAAAAAAUAUGGCUAGACUACUUCGCAAGACACCUUACCAAUUGAUAUCUCCCAUUUUACCAGAUCUAUUAAGACAGGUAGGUAAGGGAGUUAUCCCAAUGACUCCCUUUUUAACUAGAUUAGUUAACCUUUCAGGAGUAUCUCUGAUUAGCAUCUUCAAUUCAUUUCAAAGAUACAUUGUCCCAUAUGCAGUAAUGCAACAAGGGAGUGAUGUAUUGGGUAAGAUAGCCGUAAUUAUGUGUGGUAAUGAAACAGAAUCUAUUAAUGACAAAAAGGAAGAAUUACUUAAAAACAAUAUUUCAGAGAUAUUUGCCGUGUGCUUAGUAAAACAUAGACUUUUUUCGUCUGAAAUUAUCGAAAAGAUUUUUACUACAAGGGUACACACUUUUGAUAAAUCAUUGAUAUACAGGGGACUACCAAACUUCGUUACUUUAGCUGAAAUCACCAAGUUGUAUAGAUUUAGCGAAAUUAAAGAUGAAAAUGCGACUGAGAACAAAAAUAUGGUAUUAUGUUCUUUAAGGUUUUUAAUGACUGAUUUUAAAAAAGAUUACUGCCAUGGUUCAAAGUACAAAAAUGUAAAUGCGUGGACUGAGACACAAGAAAGUACCUUCCAGAAAAAGAUGUCAGAAGACAUACUGGGUAUUUUUCAAGUUUUUUCAGUGGAUAUUCAUAACGUCGAGAAAGCUAAUAGCAAUAAAGAUGAUAUCGAACGGAAGUCAAAUUAUUACGAAAAGCUACGUGUUAUUCACGGUGUUUCCUUUUUAAUUGAAGAAUGUCGCCAAGAUGUUAUUAUAGCAGCUUUACCACAAAUAAAUAUAUGUCUUCAGAUCGCUUUAGAAAUUGAAGAAGUGAGGUACUCCGCAUUAAGAUGCUGGUUAUUACUUGUUAAAAAACUGCCCGAUGACCAAUUGUCAACAGUAAUUGAUGGUUGGAUUGUAUUUAUUCUUCAAAAAUGGAAUGUAUUCAGUGUUCAACAACAAACCCUAGUCUAUAAAAUUUUGGAUUAUUUAAUAACUGAUAAAAUAGAUCUUAUGUUUGAAAACAAUCCGUAUAUCGUAUUUGCCUUAAAGGAAAAGACUGAGUUGAAAUUAUUAGAUAGGGGUACAAGUUUUGCGAGGAGGGUUGGAAAGUCAAGAGGUAUACAAGAUUUGAUGCCGAUAUUUGUUAACAAUCUAUCAAGUAACAAUCGAUACAUGAUAAAACAAACUCUAGAAGAUAUUAAGUUAUUUUUAAAAAGAAAACAAAAUGGUAACAAUAUCCAGAUAUUUAGCAUGGAUAAUAACAAAUCGAAUAUCAGUUUAUUAUUAAAUGCGCUAUUAAAAACGGCUCAUAGAUUUAGAACACUCAAUCCAACUGUUUCUCGAACAUGCUCUGAAUGUAUCAGUAUGAUCGGUGUUCUGGAUUCCACGAAGCACGAUAAUGCAAUGACUAUUUCCUCCGAACAAACCUACGAUUUUGGUGAUAGAUCACAAACUAUCAAAUUUCUAAUAUGGGUUUUGAAUGAUUUUUUAGUACCUUCUUUUUGGGACAGCGAGAAUCCAAAUAAACAAUUGUUCGUUGCACUUGUGAUGCAGAAAUCAUUAGAUUAUUGUGGUCUGAGUUCCAGAUUCUGGGAUAUUAACAAAAAAGAUUCUUAUCAAGAAGAGUUCCGGUUAUGGAGUAAAUUUAACAAAACUGCUCAAGCCACAUUAUCACCGUUAUUAUCUUCCCUUUAUUUUUCCAGUUCAACGAAAUCAUAUGUGGAUCUUAAUUAUCCAUAUUUUGACAUUAAAAUGAGUUACCAAAAAUGGGUUACAUCGCUAACAUUGGAUUUAAUUACCGUAAGUACUGAUGAGCAGCAUCCCUUACAUAUAUUUGCAUCCCUAAUGAGAUGGGAUGACGGCUCUUUUUCUAAUUUUAUUCUACCAUACAUUGUCAUGGAUAUUCUAAUCAAUGCCGGCGAAAACAAGAAGUGCGAAAAUUUGGUAACUAAUCUAAGUCUGGAAUUCAGUCAUAUUUUUAAGUUGGAUUCACACGACCUGAACCACUUGCAGAUCGAUUCACGUAAAAUGUGCUACGCUGCUAUAUUCAGAGUCCUCGAGUACUGCAGAAAAUGGGUGACGCAAUACAAGUUCAGCUACAGUCAAUUACAUGGGACAUAUAUUAUUACCGAUCAGAAAAUAACUAUUUUAUUACAAAGAAUCGACAAAUUUUUAAGCUCCGUUCCACUAUCAUUACUUGCGAAAGGUUCCAUAGAAGCAAAUUCAUACGAACGUUCGGUAUUAUACUUAGAACAAUGUUACAGGCAACAUGACACAAAUGAAACCACCAGUGAAGUAUUACUCAAAGAUAUGCAACAAUCGUAUGAGGAAAUAGGAGAUAUAGAUUCUAUUGAUGGUAUGCUAAAGACAUUCCCUUCUCACGAUUUCCAUUCCAAAAUUGAAGAAUUAAGGUAUUCUGAUAAUUGGAGUAUUGCACAAGACUGUUUCAGUGCUUUGAGUACUUUUGAUAACCCUCAGGCCACGACGAGAAUGUUAAAAUCGAUGCAUGACCACCAACUGUAUUCCAAGUUAUUAUCUAACGUCUCAUCCAUCAAUCCUAGUAACAAGAGCUUUUUCGAGUUAAUGACCAACGACUGUUACAACUAUGGCCUUAAGGCGUCAAAUCUACUGGGUAAUAUAAAUUCUUUAAAUUUUUGGAUAAAGAAAGUGGAAAACUUGGGAAACAUAAGUGAUCCUUCAAUUUUAUUCCAAUAUAAUAUGGCCAAGGCACUGUCAUACAUUGGUUCGGGCAAUGUGAACAUGACAUCCAAUUAUAUUGGUCGUUGUUACCAAGUAAUUGGAACACAUUUCACAACUUCUGCUGCUACCUCUACCCUAGUCGAGAAACAAAAGUUGCUAACCAAACUACAUGGAUUAUAUGAUGUGAACCUCUUAGCGUCCGACAACAAUGAAAUUCAAUAUAGACAAAAUACAAAACUUUUAAACUCCAGAAUGGAAAGAGUGGGUGCAGAAUUUAGCACAAACCAUUACUUACUCUCCAUUAGAAAAUCAUUCAACCUCUUACGUAACCCAGAACACGAUCGUGAGGAUCUAGUAGAAACGUUUUACAAAAUUACUACACUUGCCAGAAACAAUUCCCGUCUAGAUAUUGCAAUCGAUGCAUUGAUGAAUUGCUUACACUAUGGCCACCCCCAUGCAGAGUUAGAGUUCGCAGAAGUGUUGUGGAAACAAGGUGAAAAUGAUAGGGCAUUAAAAUUAGUGAAGGAAAUCCAUAAAAAAAAUCAAAAUAAUCGUCAAAUUAGUAAACAUGACAGAGCCAAGGUAUUGUUGAAAUAUACAGAAUGGCUAGAUCUUUCUAACAAUAGUUCUAGUGACUUAAUAAUCAAACAGUAUAAAACAGUACUGAAGUUAGAUAGUACAUGGUACAAACCUUAUUAUUCAUUUGGUCUUUAUUACAGUAAAUUUCUGGAGAAGAAGAAAGCAGAUGGGUUUAUUCCAGAUGGUAAAUUAGAGUCCCAAUCAAUUGCUUUCUUCUUAAAAGCGUUUGAAAGAAAUACUAUCCAAGCACGUGAAAAUUUACCUAAAGUGGUGACAUUUUGGUUAGAUACAGCGGAACGAUCACAGACACCUCAUUUAACAGAAGCUGAAAAAGUUAUAUUAGGAUCCAUGAAUAAAUCGAAUUCUAAAGAUCCUAGGGAUUAUAUGGAGAAAUUUUUGGCUAAUAGAAUGACUGUAUUGAAGAGAACCACAGAUGAUAUAUGCACCCACAUUAAUGAAGCAAUUGAUAAAUGUCCAACAUAUAUUUGGUAUUCAGUAUUAACUCAAUUGUUAUCAAGAUUAUUGCAUGCUCAUUCUAAGACAGCAAAUUUAAUCAGGAAAAUUUUGCUGAAGUUAACAAUUGAAUAUCCGACACAUAUACUUUGGUAUAUCAGCGUCUUACAAAAUUCGACAAUAAAUGAGAGAGUUCAAUGUGGGACACAAAUUCUAGAGGCAUAUUUAAGUCAAUCACCUACUUCAAAGAAAUUAAUAUCUAAUGUUCAAAAAUUGACAAGGUCAUUGACAAGAGUAAGUAUGAAGAAGGCUCCCGACAAUGAAACAAGAGCUGGAAGAUCAUUACAAAACGAUUUUAAAUUUGAUAUGAAAAUGGCACCUUCUGAUAUGACUGUGCCUGCUAGAGUCAAUUUAGAGACAAUAUCACCCAUAUCUGCAGAAUCAAUGCCAACAUAUAAACCAUUUAGAAACGAUGUUACAAUUGCACAAUUUGGAUCUGGUUAUAAAGUGUUUACAUCUUUAAAGAAGCCAAAAAAGAUCAAUAUUAUUGGUUCCGAUGGUAAAAUAUAUGGAUUAAUGUGUAAGAUGGAAGAUGUUAGACAGGAUAAUCAAUAUAUGCAAUUUGCUACCACAAUGGAUUUCUUAUUAAAGAAAGAAGUAGAAUCUACAAAACGUGAUCUUGGAAUCACUACAUAUUCAGUGUUGUCCUUAACAGAAGAAUGUGGUAUACUUGAAUUCAUCCCAAAUGUUGUUACUUUAAGAUCUAUAUUCACAACGCAAUAUCAAAUUAGAGAGAUCAAAUAUAGUAUGAGAACAUUCCACGACCAAUGGACUCAUUGUAGUGAUUCACAAAAGGAAGCAUUCUUCAAAGAACAAAUAAGAAAAUUUCCACCAGUAUUACACGAAUGGUUUCUACAAACAUUUCCUGAUCCAAUAAAUUGGUAUAAUGCAAGAAAUAUUUACUCUAGAUCGUAUGCAGUGAUGUCAAUGUUAGGUUAUAUUUUAGGUCUUGGUGAUAGACAUUGUGAAAAUAUCUUAUUAGAUACAGAGACUGGUAAAGUGUUACAUGUUGAUUUUGAUUGUUUAUUUGAUAAAGGUAAGACAUUACCAUGUCCUGAAAUUGUACCGUUCAGACUUACACAAAAUGUUCAUGAUGCACUCGGGAUCAUCGGGACAGAAGGUACUUUCAAGAAAUCCAGUGAAGUGACACUAUCCUUAGUAAGACACAACGAAAUUGCACUCAUGAAUGUGAUUGAAACCAUUGUUUACGAUAGAGACGUUGCUCAUCAAGCAGAAUUACAAGAAGCUUUAAAGAUCCUUCAAAACAAGAUUAGAGGUAUUGACCCUCGUGAUGGGUUGAUUCUAAGUGUAGCAGGCCAAGUUGAUACCCUUAUUUGUGAAGCACGCUCCACCGAAAGUCUAAGCAAAAUGUACAUUGGAUGGUUACCAUUCUGGUGA